AUGCCCCUCCGCCGCAAGAAGAAAUUCCACGAUCUCCACUCCGACCACGACAACGACUACGAUUCCAGGAGGUCUCACAAACGUCGCCGUGUCCACUCCCCUGCCCCACCUCGCCGCCGUCCCCGCUCCCUCCCCUUCCUCCUCCUCCUCCCCCUCGAACUCCGCUACCUCAUCUACGAGCACCUCUUCCCCACCCCACCCCACCAACAAAUCUACCUCUGCCUCGCCAAUGACCACCGCACCCCGCGCCGCACAGCCCACAGCCACCUCGGACCCUGCAACCCGCACGCGGGCCUGCACACCGCAGCGGCGCUCUCGAACACCUGUCGACAGCUCCGACGGGAAGUCCAGGAGCGAUUUUUCCUCCGCCAGAACUUCGUGCUGGGCGUGUGUAAUCUCAGCCCCACGCGAGGCCCCUCGCACCGUCGCGCGUGGUGUCUGUGCGCCCUUGUGCUGAGGCGGAUCAAUACCCUAUACAUUCGGUAUCCGUCGCUCGUCAUUCCGGACUUCACACUCAUAAAAUCCCAUGAUGGGAGGCAGGUGGUGCGGUUCACGGAGAGCGCGGAGAGGGAGGGGAAGGUGCUGGGGCGGUUUGUGGGGGUGGAGAGGCGGGCGGAGUAUGUGGCGAGACGGAGGUGGUGUAUGCGUGCGAUUUGGAGGAAUUUUGAGAGGAGGGAACGCAGGGUGGUGGGGUUUGGGUGGAGGGAGGUGGAGGAGGUGGAGGUGUUUUUGAAGGGGGUGCAGAGGGACUGGGACUGGAACUGGUGUCAGAGUAGUUCCGCUUCGGUUCCAACCGGUGACGUCCAACACGUACUCGCUGUCUUUGUCCGUGGGCACUGUGAAUGA